AUGAGGAGAGCUGUACUGAAAGAAGCCGCCAAACGAUUCCCCUGGCUGGCCAAUGUCACUUUGUACGGCUGCUUGUUCGCCGGCGGUGACCUGGUCCAUCAGCUCAUAGCUCAGAAGGAGCGCAUGGACUGGAAACACACCGGCAACGUGGCCAUCGUUGCCAUCAGUUUCCAUGGAAACUUCAACUACUUCUGGCUACGAGCCCUGGAGAGACGAUUCCCUGGAAAGUCUGCCGGGAUGGUUUUCCGCAAACUCCUGCUGGACCAAAGCUUCGCGUCGCCUUUGGCCACCAGUGUCUUCUACACGGGGGUGAGCUUCUUGGAGGGUAAAGAGGACAUCUUUGAAGACUGGAGGGAGAAGUUCUUCAACACCUGGCAGACUGGACUCAUGUACUGGCCAUUCAUGCAGUUUCUGAACUUUGUCCUGAUGCCGUUGUACAUGCGGACGGCCUUCAUGGGCUGCUGCGCCUUCCUCUGGGCCACCUUCCUGUGCUUCUCUCGGCAGAACGGCGACGGCACCGCCGCCGUGGCUCUGGCCUUCGUCAUGGACCCCCGUAAAACUUUGGAGAAGAUGCGUGAGGCCCGGCUGGCCCGAAAGAAGCAAAAGACCGAGAGGCAAAACUGAAGCCAGGAGGAGGGGGACACUGCGUCUGUCAUUCAAGCCUUUGAGCUCCGAUCGCAGGACAGAGGGCGUCUUCCCUUUUGCUAAACUGGAAGCAGCGUGGAGAGCUGACAAGCCGAAGAGCAUGUUACUGGUUUAAAAGAGAAACCGUGUCACUGACUACAUUCACUAUCUGUCGCAUACGCACACAACAGUUUGGCUGAUGUGGAUUUCGAAGGCCAGUGUAGUAGCAAUAACAACAUGUUAGGUGUUGAAGUGUCCCUUAUGUUGGCAUUUUCACCCUGUGCUGAAUACUAUUACGUUUGACCUUUCCUACGGCAGAAACAUGAAAUAGGUUAUUUACCAAAUACUAGAAGCACAGUGCUAAAUUGCUUUUGCCCCUUUAAAGACUGGCAGAGCUACACGAGAGUAAGACAACAUGUAAGAAAACUGUUGUUUCAAAUACCAACCCUGUCUCCUAAAAAUUCUCCUAUACACUACUAAUCUGCAAUGGCAAAUACUGUAUGUUUUAAGGGAAAAUGUAGUCUGCCUCAAAUACAUCAACAUUAGGGGGAAAUGUUUUGGCUGUUCUGCAAAGUCCCAAAAUGUUCAUACUGGAUUUAAGAGCAACAUUUUCGACGACAACAUAUUUUGUUUGUUUUCAAGAUGAACCUUUUUAUGGUUCUCUUCAGGGGCUUAACGGCAUUCAGUAAAGUCAGGGAACGAUCCUGGUCUUGGUUAAAUGUUUGGAAAGUCAACACUGAUUUGAAGCAAUAGACGGAAUGUAUUAGCGUUUUCAAUAAUUAUCCAAAACCCCAGUCUUCUCCAAACCAAAGUGUUUUCUUCCCUAAUCCUAACCACACACAGGAGGAUGCAAACUCUGGUCUCUGGCGUCAAAGUCAUCGCUCUUGGUGCACCCCCUGUCCAUCCCCAACAACUCAGCGUGAACGUAUCAUCGUUUUCACUCGAAAAAACGUCGCGAUAUGGAAAUAAUCCAGGCAACAAUUAUGUUUUCUUCAAGACAAAUUGGCAACAUGAGAAGCACUCAUUUCUAAGCGACAGGGUUGCUGGUGUGGCUGCUUCAAGCCACCAGUUAACGUGCUGCAGGGUUCAUUGCGGUCCAAGAUACUGAGGUGUUGAAAGGAGCAAACAAGAAUCUGUCCUCACCGAGGCUCUAGAGCAAAAGGCGGGAGAUUCUUUCUCAGGAGAUCAAGAAUAUCCAGCAUCCAGCCACUAGUUGAGAUAUUCUCUGGACCAAAUAAUAGACCGGAUGUCGACGUCGAGACCUGCCACAGGUGUGGCAAAAAAAAAGAUAAAUGUUUAUUCUUUAAGAAGAAAGUGGAAUUCAUUUAUAGGGUAUGAGGUCUAUGUGCUUAAGGCUGACCUACAUUAUUCACAGUUGUACAAAUGAUGAUCUCGCCUCGAAACCCCAGUGGUUUUGAUCGGCCUGGACCUAUGGACUCUUUACUUUAAAGGGCAGUUGUGUGGUGAUGAGGGACCGUGGCUGGUUGUUGUGUUGGUGGCGGCGGUUUGAUGUGAGCCCGCACCGCGGUGAAGCUCCUGAGGUCAGGUUUUAAGGGCUCGAGAUUCCUGCUUUACACCAGUCGUGCCUUGCCUUGGUGAUGAGACUGCCCCGACCACUGUGUCUACAAGCUGGCAGUGUUUGGCUGACUGGUGACGGUCACUAGUACGAAUCAAUACACUGAGACAUGUUUGUAUAUUUUGUGUGUACAAUUUUAAAUGGACAGCUCAUAAAGUGUCCAAAAUCAAACAGGUUCAUUAUUUGGGAGGCAACAAUAUGCUCAGCGAAUGUCUCAGUAAUCUGUCCAGUACAUUUAGAAAAUAUCUGCUGGCGGCGCUAGAGGAGAGGUCAGGAUCUCAUCAAAAACAUUCAGGGCACUGUGAGGACAUAACAGCAGUUAUCGUGAGAACAUGAUGAGACACUUUGUCUUAGAGCAAAGCUGUUCACGGAGAAAAUUGGAGGUGAUGGUGGUGCUAGAAGAAAUGUCAGCAGGUCACCAAAAAUCAUUCGGAAGCAUCCUAUGGGGACGAUGAAGAUUCUCAGCAUGAGAUAUGCUCCUCUGAAUCAAAGUAUUAGACAUACAGAUGUUAAAAAAUGGUUUGAUCUCCUGGGAAAUACUUUUCUUCACUUUUUUGCUGAUAGUCACAUGAGAAAAACCAUACCACUCCCAUAUCUGUACGCUAAACAUGAGGCUAGAGUGAACAGGCGAUUAGCUUAGCUUAGCAUAAAGACUGAAAACAGUUGGACUCUGUCCAAAGGUGUAAAAUUCACCUAUUCGGCAUCUCCUUAGCUCCAGAAAAAACACAAAUAGUAGUUUUUACAAUUCAGUUUAUUGUGCAGAUUAAACAAAAGAGAUAUAAUGACUGAGCUUUAGUAGGGAGCCAGCUUCCGGUCUUUAUGCUAGGCUAAGCUAACCACUUGCCAUCUUAGUGUACACACAAGAGGUAGGUAUUGACGUUCUCAUCCAACUCAACCCAACUUUAUUCACAUAGCAGUAAGAAAGUGAAUAAUCAUAGUUCCCACAAUGUUGAACUUUCCCCUUAAGGUUGACAAGGAUGCCAAGCUUUAGCACUUCCAGUCAAAAUGGCUCAUUAUGCAUUAUUAAGAAAAAGGAUAUGUGUCAGUGCAUCCCAUUUGUGUUGUGUGCCCUAGUUUGACCUGUGAAACUACACUAUCUCAAUCAUGUCCUUCUUACACAUGCCAUCAGCCAGGACACCUUAUCGUGCGACACCUCCAGUUACCUAAACCAGACCCAUAAUUUACUCUCUGAUUAGAUUUUAAUGAUCUUUUAGUAAAGUUCAAAGAUUUGUGAAUUUUAUUACUAUUUUCCAAAAGACAGCAAAAAGAGAUUUGGAUAUUUCAUUGUCUUAAUUUACAAUUCACCCAUUACACCAGCAGUGAAAAACUCUGUCUACAUUGUACAUAAUAUUGGACUUUAUGGAUAAAAUUAAUUGGUUUACCUUUAGGGAGGUCCACACUUUUAGCAGUUUACCGCAACCCUUCUGUAAAUAAGUGCUGAAAAACAACAUAGAAAUUCAGUAUUUCCAUGUAGGAAGUGAAGCUAAAACCUAAAAGAAUGUACGGGAGUCCAAAUUAUGCCAUUGUGAUGACUGGUUUACAGCAAACUGUGCUCAACCUCAACUAAUUUGUUGCAUUAGUACCUUGAUAUUUUCAGAACGAGAUCGCUUCUCUGCUGAGUGAACACUUGUAUGUCCAGCUGACGAGGGACCGGGCAGUAAACCCGAGAUGAAUAAACCCGAGUCAAACCGUUCUCUCCUGUUCUGUUGAGUAGAUGUGAUGUCAAGACCACAGAUAUUUUUUUUUUGAUGGGAAAUUGUGUCAGAGUUAAGCCAGGAACAAUGAGACUGUCGCGCUGUCAAGGCUGGAUAACCAGCCCAGGGGCCCCAAAAGUCCCAGGUUUACUUCAUAUCAAUUCUACCUAUAUAAUUCGAUUAAUCACUAAUUUGUCAGAAACUUGCACCACUGAGGUACAAUAUCGACUCUGACGGAUCCUCCAUCAUCCUCCUCGUGGUUCUGGUCUUAUAGGGGGACUCUGUCAAAGUCUAGUUUUAUGGCCGUAACUGUUUUAGUUUAUAUUGAGCUCUUUUGUUUUAAAGUUGUGUUUUAUUUAUUGCUUUCGAUUUUCCUUGUGUUUUUAGAGUCAAAUAAUUAACACACAGAAAAACCUAAGGCAAGCCAGUACUAUCUAACAUGGGAGAACUGUAAGGCUGCAACCGACAGUUACUUUCAUUAUCAGUAUGUCUGACAAUGGUUAAGUGCAUAAAGUGUCAGAAAACAGUGAAAAAUGUCCGUCGUUAUUCCCGAAAGCCUAAAAUUAACACACAUUCAAAUAGCUUUUCUCGUCCAACCAACAGUUGAAAAAUACCCAAAAUGUUUGAAAUUGCUAUCCUAGAUAUCAUUCAAAUUUUGUACCAGUGAAUUUUUGCCAUUUUAACAUUAAACGAUUUAUCAUUUGUCAAAUUUUUUUUUUGCCAAUUUUCUGUCAAUCGACUAAACAAUUAAGUAAUAAUUUCAGUUCUAGAGCACUGGUCGGUUUCAGGUGUCUGGGGAAAUAAUGAAACUACCAUGUAUGGUGGUGUUCAAUCUGGACCAAAUGACACAUUUUUGCCCCGGGGCCCCCUAAGAGGUUAAUCCAGCCGUGAGCACUGUUAAAGUGUUGAACCAGCUACUGGAGCAGAUUAAGACUGAUGGAAACAGUGAGACAAGUGAAUUCAGGCAUUUAAAAUAAGAGUUUAAAGCCAUGCCAGCAGCUCUGAGAGACUGUACUCAUUCAACCACAGGCAUAUGGCUAAAUACCUCCAGGUGUAUUUACCAUGGUCACCAUCUUAGUUCAGUGAGAAACACCUUUGCAGGUGUUUGGUCAUGAACCAAAGUAUUAGACGAAUUAAAUUUUGAGCUGAUGAUGGCGCUAGAGGGAAAGUUAAGGGGCCUCAAGUUAUUACACUUCAUCCUGAGGGGAACAUGAAGGUGGCAAUCCAUCCAAAAGUCGAGACGUUUCACUCAAAACCACAAAUGAGAACCUCAUGGUAGGUUGUUUUUCCUUGCUGAAGGGAAAAAGUCAGGGGGUCACCAGAGUGAUUGUGACGCAUCGUCCGGGCACCUUCAAUAUCUGUAGAAGACGUAACAGCAAUCCAUCUGAUAGUUGUUGAAAUUUUCAGUCUGAACCAAGCUGGUGGACCUACCGGCAGUCCAACUUUGUUAUGCAUGGAGUCAUGCUGCUAGCACUGCGUUGUUACACAGUAAAUUAAACAACCAGCACUGUAUGAAAUAGUUGGAAUCAGAUCAACCUCAGCCAGCGACAAAAUUAAAGUGCUGCCUUCACUUUAAUGGUUCAGCUAUAAAAAUCCGAUAUGUAAUAUGUAACAAUAUAAUUCUGAGUGAGUGCUUGUACUUUUAUACUGAUAACACUUAUAUACUCUCACUUGAGUACAGUUUUGAACGCAAGACUUUUACUCGUAUUGGAGUAUUUUUACAGAGUGUUGUUGCUACUUUAACUUAAGUAGAAGAUCUGGGGUACUUCUUCAACCACUGCUUUACAGAGGAUAAACUGUAAUUCGCCAGGAAACGGUUCCAGCCUGUAACCCCAGUUUUAAAUUUUUACAUUUCUUUCUAAAUUAUGUUACACAAACAAGACACAUCAUGUUAAAUGGUGAGCUUUAGGGCAGUUGGUAGAUGUUUUUUUGUUUUUUUUACUUGAACUCCAGCGGGUUUUAAUCUCACUCUUGAAAAGAAAGCAAAUAAGCGUUUUUCUCACAGUAGUGAACUAUACCUUUAACCAAACUUCCUCUACUGUCACUGAAGGUCACAGACGCAUGUUUGUAGUCUGCUGUCGGUGUGGACAAGACUCUCUGAAAACAUGUAGCCCAGAUAUGAAGCAAGGACAGAGUGGACUGGAGUUUGUUUGUGUGUGUGUGUGUGUGUGUGUAUAACAGCUUUAUGCUCUAAUGAUGGUGCGUGUGGAUUAACCAGGAUCAGAUAGGCCUGGCUAAUCCCCUCAGAAAAGGACAGAGUUGACCCGGUGCGACCUCUGACCCCAACAACAGGAAGUUAAAUUCCCCAAUCAGAGCCAAGGGAUGUGUCAGGUUCCAUUUAACCAUCUCUGUACCCUCUGAAACAUCACCACCACACCACACAACAUGUAAAUGGCUGGAUGCAGAGCAGGGGGAGGGGUACGGGAGGGAGCACACUUUCCUGCAUUCACAUCUAAUAACUGAUAACAAUAAGUAAUAAAAAUAAUGUAGAAAACAGGUGUAAAAUGUUACAGGAGAGUUGAUGUGA